GGGAGUUCGGAGCGGGGCGGGUCCGCGCUGCCCGGCCGCUUCCUGGUCACCUGCGGAGGAGGCAGGAGCCCGCUGAGGCGGCAGCGGUAGAGGGCUCGGUCCGGUGGCUCCGGGGCUGGCUGCCGCCAUGGCCUCGCUCUUCAAGAAGAAGACUGUGGACGAUAUAAUAAAGGAGCAAAAUCGAGAGUUAAGAGGUACACAGAGGGCUAUAACCAGAGAUAGAGCAGCACUUGAAAAACAGGAAAAACAACUGGAACUGGAAAUAAAGAAAAUGGCUAAGACUGGUAAUAAAGAAGCCUGUAAAGUGCUAGCAAAACAGCUUGUACAACUGCGGAAGCAGAAAAAUCGAACAUAUGCUGUUAGCUCUAAAGUCACUUCUAUGUCGACGCAAACGAAGGUCAUGAACUCUCAGAUGAAGAUGGCAGGAGCUAUGUCGACUACAGCAAAAACAAUGCAAGCAGUUAAUAAGAAAAUGGAUCCACAAAAGACACUACAAACUAUGCAGAAUUUCCAGAAGGAAAACAUGAAGAUGGAAAUGACUGAAGAAAUGAUUAAUGAUACUCUGGAUGAUAUUUUUGAUGCUUCUGAUGAAGAGGAAGAGAGCCAAGAUAUUGUUAACCAAGUGCUUGAUGAGAUAGGAAUUGAAAUCUCUGGAAAGAUGGCCAAAGCUCCGUCAGCUGCCAGAGGCUUACCAUCUGCAUCAACAUCAAAAGCUGCUACCAUAUCGGAUGAAGAGAUUGAACGACAGCUCAAAGCCUUGGGAGUUGAUUAGCUUGAUGGCAAUACACAGUCUGCCUUCUAAUUAUUCAUCUGCAGACAGAUGUAAAAAGUGCAAAUACUCUUUCAAUGCAACUUGAUGUCUAGGAAAACUCUGAAGCUUCAGAAAUGACAACUUGAAGUUGGUACGGGGCGAAGGAGAAGGGGAGAAUAUUUUGCAUCAAUUUACAGGGAGAAAUACACUUGGUGUGUCCAUUGCAUGAGCACUGGACCAACCAGGGAUGUGGUUCUAAUGACAAAUUCAUUUAUACCUGAUCCGAAUCUGUCCUCUGAAUUCAAAGUUUUCUUCUAUCUCAGUUCCUGAUCUAUCUUUAGAAUUGGCUAUUCUGUGGCUGAUGGUGAUGCCUCCUAGGACAGCACCUAUAUAACAUACAUCAUUUUUAUAAAACUAUCACUACAGAGAAAAUUCUUAGUCUGUUAUCUUAGGACAAAUGAAACUUCACCUUUGCUCUCAGUUGGAAACUAUUUUCUUUUGGUGAGAAAUAGCCUUGGAAGUCUAGCAAACUUAGGCAGAAAGAAAAAGCAUUUUAUAUAUUUCUUUACAGUUCCUGUAGUAACUUUGAGUUGCUUAAAUUGGUUGGUUUUUCUUUUUGGUUAGUUGGCUAUUCUUUUUACAGAAAGGGAAGGCUACAAUCCUUGUGCAGUUAAUUUUACUGGAAGAGGAUUUAAAUUUGUUAGUGAACUUUGUUGCAUGAAAGGCACUGAUUGAACUCUAUUGUACUGUAACAUAGCUGGCUUCAACAGAAUUGCUGUGCCUUUAUGUAUAUAAAUCUUGUACCUUUGUGAUUUUUUUGCAGAAUGAGUCUUUGAAAGGUGAGUAAACUUGUAAUUAAGAUGGUUUCACAAAACACUAUGGCGAGACCUCUGUGUACGUACACUCGAUUGGACUCAGUGCUGAAGCUCAGAAAUGCACUUGUUCAGAAAUGCAACUUGCGCACUUGCAAAAAGGACACUUGCCUGAAACAACAUUUGUAUAUAUUUUACAGUAUUUCUUAAUGGAAAAUAACUGUGCAUAAUUGUAUUGUUUACUAAGAUGCAGUUGAUCACAUUGAUAAGCUAAAUCUAAAUUUUAGUUUUGAGAACAAUUUUGGAUGAUACCUGAUAAUUACUUGCUUAAACACUAUAAUAAAAGUGUUCUGGUUUUGUGAA